AUGGCGUCGAGGAACGCCCCGGUGGAGGCGUCGGGGGCGGCGCCGGCGGUGAAGUCGGCGGUGAAGAUGUCGGAGGAACAUCGGCGCGACGCGACGGUACUGUUGGAAAAUUCAAAGUCGUUCCGACGCGCGCGGGCGGGACGCCGACGGGAGAGUCUCGAGAUUUAUUGCGGGACGUGGAACGUUGGAAAUAAGGCGCCCGAUGUGACGUGCGCGACGGAGUGGUUGAUGAAGGCGAGGGGGGCGGACGUCGUCGCGCUCGGGGCGCAGGAGGCGAGUUACGUCAAGACGAAAAAGACAAUCAAGGCGAAGGAGGUGAGCGCGGCGUGCGGGGACGAGACAACGUUCGCGAGUCGUUUCAAGCGUAGGGGAUUCUUCAGAUCGACCAAGUGGACGCGGUUGGGGAUCAUGGCCGGGGGGGCGUUCGCGGGUGGGGUGUUGACGUUUUCCCCGGCGGGCGCCCUGUGCGGCACCUUCACCGGAUGGUUCACGGGGAAGAAACUGGUGCAGGAGAUCAAGGGAAGGAUACACUGGUUUGACUUUUUAUCGAGCUCGUUGGGAGACGAGUUCGAGAUGCUACAGAGCGAGAUGUUGCUCCAGAUGCGACUCGCGGUUUUCGUCAAGAAGGACGUCGCGUCCAUGGUGCGCUCCGUCAAGGUUGGAACCAAGGCGACGGGGCUCGGAAACUUGCACGGGAAUAAAGGGGGUUUGCUGGUGCACGUCGAGCUCGAGAACGGAGAGACCAUCGGGUUCGUGUCGUGCCACCUCGCCGCGCACGAGAAACCAAAGUUUUUGCAGGCAAGGAACGUCAUGGUGCCCGAAAUCUUGAGAUGGGUGUGGCGCUCGGCGCAGCCCAGGGUGAAGUUUGCGCUGCCAAACGUCACCGACGUGAACACCACUCUGUACGACGGGGCGAGUGAGAUUAUGAGUAAAGUCUCGUGGACGCGUCGAACAGUGGUCGGCAUGACCACCGAAGCGAUCGAGAACACCACGGGGGCGAAGCUCGGGCUGAAAGGCGUCCGCGCCGCACAGCGCAACCAGGCGCCCGAGUUGUUGGAUUCGACCACGCACGUCUUCUUCAUGGGCGAUCUGAACUACCGCAUCGACCCGGGUAAGGUGAUCGGCGGCGAGUGGGACACGCACUGGAGCAAGGAAUCGGAUUUGAAGCCCGGAUCGAACGCCGAUCAGCCGGGAGCGGGUGGGGGUAUCGCCGCGGCGCGUCCACCCGCGCAACCGGGCAUGGUCGAAGAGGAAUCCGACGACGAGGGUGGGGAAGCGUCUCCCUUCGUGCAGGGACGUGAUGCGGUUUGCAAGGCGAUAUUUAAUCGCGAAUUCCAAAGACUAGCCGAGGCCGAUCAACUUACGCGGUCACGAAAGGAGGGACGAGUGAUGCACGGUUUCGCCGAGCAGCCGCUUGCAUUCGUCCCAACCUUCAAGCGGGUGACGGUCAAGUCGUCGGCGUCAAAGGGUAGAAUAUGUUCUUCCGGGGCCGAACCGAUGACGGACACGAGUCGACCAGAGCCGGGUACGCCGGCGUAUUACAACACUAAACGCGUUCCGUCCUGGUGCGAUCGCGUGCUGUGGCACUCUGCGCCAGGGGCGUCGGAAUCGUGCAAACCCGUCGAGUACGGAGCGUGUCACGAGGUGACGACGUCGGAUCACGCGCCAGUUUUCGCGCGGUUUCGCGUGCGCUUACGCUCGCUUCCAGAGGUCAGAGCCCUUCCACGUGCGAACUUGAGUCUGACGUCGCUUCAUGUCACGCGAAAUUUCAAAGAUGGAGAAGUCUUAGGAGGCAGCGUGUGGGUGCACGUCUUUGUGCCGCACGCGCGAAUCACGAUUCCAGAGCCCAAAGACUUGAGUUCCGCGCACGUCGAUCGCGACGAAUCUCAACCCAAGACGGUCGGUACGUAUUCCUUCUGCGCGGACGAUCUGCCGACGUGCAUCUUGGGUUACGACGAAGACGAAGCCAACGCUGAAAGGCGAAACAAGUCUCAGGUCGAGGUAAAAAAGCUGGAGUCUGACGACGACGAAUCCGAUUCCGAGCGAAAGCUCCCUGAACGUCUCGACAUGAGCGCCUACGCCUCGUUUUACGCCGUCAUCACCGUCGUCGAUAGCAGAACGGGGACCAAGCUCGGUACGUGCGCCGCGCCUCUGCCAGGGUCGUCCACGUUCAGCGUCCCGCUCUCCCUCUACUCCGAGCGCGUGGGUACCAUCACGGGAGCGUGGACCCUUCAUGGGGGUGCGUCAAAUCCUCCCAAGACCGCUUCUUUGCAUGAACGCCUCUUCGCAUCGAGAGCCACAUAG